CGGCCGGCGGCCGAGCCUCCGCGGGAGGGGGGCAAGAUGGCGGCGCAGGCGCUUGCUCUGCUGAGGGAGGUGGCGCGGCUGGAGGCGCCGCUGGAGGAGCUGCGCGCGUUGCAGUCGGUGCUGCAGGCCGUGCCGCUCAGCGAGCUUCGCGAGCAAGCGGCGGAGCUGCGCCUCGGCCCGCUCUUCUCCCUGCUCAACGACAACCACCGGGAACAGACAACUUUAUGUGUAUCCAUUCUGGAGAGAUUGCUCCAAGCUCUGGAGCCAGUUCACGUGGCCAGGAACCUCAGGGCUGACCUGCAGAGAGGACUGACUCACCCUGAUGAUUCUGUGAAAAUCCUCACUCUGUCCCAGGUUGGAAGAAUUGUUGAAAAUUCUGAUGCCGUUACUGAGAUUCUGAAUAAUUGUGAAUUACUGAAACAAAUUGUUUAUUGUAUUGGUGGAGAGAAUCUCUCUGUAGCUAAAGCGGCUAUCAAAUCCCUGUCAAGAAUAUCACUGACCCAAGCUGGACUGGAGGCUUUAUUUGAAAGCAAUCUGCUAGAUGAUUUGAAAAAUGUCAUGAAGACAAAUGACAUUGUUCGGUACAGGGUGUAUGAGCUCAUUGUGGAGAUUUCUUCUGUAUCACCAGAAUCUUUAAACUAUUGUACCACAAGUGGAUUGGUAACCCAGCUCCUGAGAGAGCUGACUGGUGAGGAUGUGCUGGUCAGGUGUGUGUGUAUCCACCGGGUCCUGACCUCACUGGCAUAUACUCAUCAUGGACGACAGUACCUCGCUCAAGAAGGAGUAAUUGACCAGAUUUCUAACAUAAUCGUUGGGGCCGAUUCAGACCCUUUCUCUAGCUUCUAUUUGCCAGGAUUCGUGAAGUUUUUUGGGAACUUGGCGAUCAUGGAUAGUCCUCAACAGAUCUGUGAGCGUUAUCCUGUCUUUGUGGAAAAAGUCUUUGAAAUGGCAGAGAGCCAGGACCCCACAAUGAUUGGUGUAGCAGUAGACACAAUUGGAAUUCUCGGAUCCAGUGUUGAAGGAAAGCAGGUUUUACAGAAAACAGGGACUCGCUUUGAACGCUUGCUCACGAGAAUAGGACAUCAAGCAAAAAAUGCCUCGACGGAGCUAAAAAUCAGAUGUUUGGAUGCAGUUUCAGCUCUCCUGUUGUUACCACCCGAGCAGCAGACUGAUGACCUCCUGAGGAUGACCGAAUCCUGGUUUUCCUCUCUGUCUCGGGACCCACUGGAGCUCUUCCGUGGCAUCAGUAAUCAGCCCUUCCCUGAACUGCAUUGUGCUGCCUUGAAAGUGUUCACGGCCAUCGCAAACCAACCCUGGGCUCAGAAACUCAUGUUUAACAGUCCAGGUUUUGUAGAAUAUGUGAUGGACCGGUCUGUGGAACAUGACAAAGCUUCAAAGGACGCCAAAUAUGAACUGGUAAAAGCACUUGCCAAUUCUAAGACAAUUGCAGAAAUCUUUGGGAACCCAAAUUAUUUGAGGCUCAGAACUUACCUGAGCGAAGGCCCAUACUAUGUGAAACCUGUUUCCACGACAGCAGUAGAAGGAGCUGAAUGAUUUCUUCUAGAAGCUUCAUAGAGAAGAGCCAUGUUUUGACCAGAACCUCUCCUAAGGUGUUUGCAUCCACUGAGUCUAUAUUUCACCAAAUACUUUCCUCCCACAUUUAUCGUGGAGCAUCUCAGCAGCCAAUGUUGUUUGGCUUCUCUGUUGAAAUUCAAAGUGGAGCCAGGAGUUUGGAAUACAUUAUAGCAGGCAAACUGGGCCCUAACGGUGUUUUUCAGAUUCCUUUGACCACUUUAGUCUUUGUAACAAGAUGAAAGUAUUGUUCGUCUCAGAAAUUUUCAUGCACAUACAGUCUUAUUUAAAAAUAUACUUCAGGGGCCAGCAGAUGGCGUGGUGGUUAAGGAUGCUGGGCUCCCAUAUGGCCGACCACUGUUUGAGUCCCGGACCUGGUGGCUUGCUUUCUCACUUUCUCUCUCUCUCUCUGUCCCUCUCUUCUCAAAUGUAAAUAAAUAAAUAAUGUUAAAUAUAAUUCUUCUAAAACAUAUAUAUAUAUACUUAAAAUUAAGUGGAACCAAAUUGUUUCGAAUUAUCGUCCCAUUUUUGGUUUUGUUUGUGUUAGUUUUCCUUUUUGUCCUUUUCCCCUUCUUCCACUGUUGAAGUCUGGGACAUAGUCUUCAAAUAAUUAGUAGUAGGGAAUCUUAAAAUUAU